CCCCUUUGUGUCUCCACAAAGGAUCCAUCCAGUGAAUGAACUGAAUCAAGCACAAGCUCUAGAGAUAGUAGGAACGUCUCUUCACUCUGUCGCCUGCUUGAGAGGAAUCCAGGGCUUCCUGACCUCCGCGUACACCAUCCAGGAGCGUCUGCUGUCUAGACAUCAUCUCCGUUAAGCAACCAUGCAGCUCUGGAAUAACGACUACUAAAAACACGCUUUAUUUAUCUAAUGGUGUUCUUCAUAACCUUCUUAGGUUAAAGACGUCUUCUGCCCUGACUGUUUUUUGGGAGUAAAAUCAAGCCGGCGAAGUUGGAAUUUUUUGGGAAAUUUGUAGCGGCGGAGCGCGACAUCCAUCCCGGGCGCGACACGAGGGAAACGUUUCUCCGCUGCUCGUGCUGUGAAAGUCCGCCAAGACGCCGCGUGCCGUGCUCCGCGUGAAAAAUGCCCAGGCGCGGUUGGCCAAGGCGGCGCCCGAGCCGGCGCCCACCCCGGGGCUCUACAUGGAGCGCUCGCAAAGCCGGAUCAGCCUGUCCGCCUCCUUCGAAGCCCUUGCCAUCUACUUCCCCUGCAUGAACUCUUUCGACGAGGAUGAUGCCGAUGCAGAGGGCCGGAAACUGAGGGGAAACAUCCAGCGCAGCACGGAGACGGGCCUGGCUGUGGAGAUGCCCAGCCGCACGGUGCGCCAGGCCAGCCACGAGUCCAUCGAGGACAGCAUGAAUAGCUACGGCUCCGAGGGCAAUCUGAACUACAGUGGCGUGUGUUUGGCUUCAGAUACCCAGUUUAGUGACUUUCUCGAUGGGAUGGGUCCAGCCCAGUUUGUGGGCCGUCAGACCCUCGCAACAACAUCCAUGGGUGAUGUGGAAAUAGGCCUGAUGGAGAGGAAUGGACAGCUAGAGGUGGAAAUUAUCCAAGCCAGAGGUCUCACCCUGAAGCCGGGAUCCAAAGGUCCCCCAGCCGCGUACAUAAAAGUUUAUCUACUUGAAAACGGUGCCUGUGUUGCCAAAAAGAAGACGAAGUCUGUGAGGAAAUCCCUGGAUCCACUGUACAACCAGGUGCUGGUCUUCACAGAGGCUCCUCAGGGGAAGGUUGUGCAGGUUAUCGUCUGGGGUAACUACGGACGCAUGGAUCGCAAGUGUUUCAUGGGCGUGGCUCGCAUCCUAUUGGAGGAGCUGGAUUUGUCAAGCAUGGUGAUUGGCUGGUACAAGCUUUUCCCCACUUCCUCCAUGGUUGACCCCACGAUGGCCCCUCUGAUCCGGCACUCAUCCCAGCUGUCCCUGGAGAGCACAGUGGGGCCCUGUUGUGACCGCUCCUAAUGGCGCUGGGAGCCAGCUUGUCUUUCGUACCCUUAUUUUUCGCACAGUCCUAUAGUCCCUGGAUCUCGGAGGGCUGCAAGCCCAACUCCUACACUUCGGCCAUGCAGCCGGGGAAAGGGGUGUGGGCCCCAAUCUUGAUUCAAAGGGUUAUUUUUUCCCCUGAAGUGGAACAUUUUAAACAGUGGAACUGAAGAAGUGACUUAAGCCUAAUUGAUUUUCUUGAUCUGAACUGUCCUUUUUUUCUCUUGCCCCAAGCCCUCGAGUGCAAUCUCCAGUGUUUCCCUGUCUUAUACCUCACAGCGUCAGUGGAGGACCAAUCUGCCUGACAGAUUAGCGUCCGUUAGGCUGCCUGCGUGGUCCCAGACUGGAGACCGGGGCAUGUGCAAUAUUGGAGCCGCCGUUGGUGAUAAAUAAAACGAGCAGACAAAAAAAAAAAAACAAGAGAGAGACUAAAUAUUCAUGUCUUGAAAGCAGAUAAUCACUCACCAUUAUUGAGAGUAUGCUACUUCAGUUACAGGUCUGGAUGUUGCAGUACCACAUUAUCUGCUGAGAUUCUGUGGAUGUUUCUGUACAGCUGGGCUCACUUGGAAUGUUUAUUAUUAUUAUUAUUAUUAUUAUUAUUAUUAAUAAUAAUUAUUAUUAAUUAUUCUUUAACUGUGCCAAUUUACCAGCAAGUGUCUUUAUUUGGCGUUUUGUGCCACUGGUCAGUGAGUUAAGGUAAAUUCUUGGACAGAUGAAAUGAGAUGGUAGUUUGCAACUAAUAUAUAUUACGGCUAGUUUCACGUUUCAUGUGUUGAAACACUUUAGUUCCACUUCAAACCCAAUAGAUCAUUAAAAAUACGUUUAGUAAGGAGAAGCAACAGUGUUAAAUGAAACCAAGAUUAAAUGAAGGAGAGGCAAUGGAUAGCAGUGUGCAGGUUCUUGUGGGCACUUUAAUUUUUGACUAAAUAUAGAUAUAUAUAUAUAUAUAUAUAUAUUUAUUAUUCAUAAAAACUGAGUGAGCCAAAGUCAAUUUCUGUUGUAUGAAAUUUUACAUCCAGCUUGACAAAUACAGAAGUGUUAAAGUCUAUUUGCAGAGCUUUCGUAGCGCAGUGAGAUUGUAGCAUUAGCAUUGAGCAUGAGAGACUAUAUAGCUUAAUAAAAAAUACUAAGAAAGAACUUUUUUUUUUUUUUUGCUUGAAUUAAUCAUGAAAAACAUGGGUUAAUGGAGCAAAGAUGUAGCAGCUAAUUUAAAUAAUAAAUUAUAGAUGCAGAACUGUGAUAAAUAUUCACAAGAUAAUGAAAAUGCCUAUUUUAUUUUCUAAAAAAAAAAAAAAAAAAACGCGUAAAUAGCAAAAAAUGUGUGUAAUUGAUUAUGCGAUUUGGAGUAAUAACCAGUUGACUGAAAUGAUGAAAACUUCCAGGGUUAUGUUGGACUGACACAGACAUCUGUUUCUUGUGUGAAAACAUACAUUCACCAGUAUUUCCUGUUGGUCCCAAAAACGAAUUGUUGAAAUAUGUAUUGUCAUUGACAUAAGAAAUGUAAUUUAAGAUUUUUACAUCCUCACUUUACAAUCUGUACGAAUGUCUAGCAACAUAUAUUAUAAGCAUAUUAUGUUCCUGCAUGUGAAUUUAUGAAAUCUGACAUGGUCAUAGUUUUGUACUGAGAUAAUUGUACUAUUUAUUACAUAAACUCUAUCAGUCCAGUGUACCAAAUCAACCUUUUGUAGUAAGACACAAGAUAACAUUUUCAAAGUA